AUCAGCAACUACAGUAUACGGCAAGUGGCAAUUAAACGGCAAGUCAGUGAUCUCAUCUGAUCUCAAAAACAUCAGCUAUUUUCUCUCGCUAGCAACCCAAAUGUCACAAUGUUUUUGCUGGCGUCAAGAAAGGGCCGAAAAAAAGAACCUUGUCAUUCACACAACGGGUCUCUAAUUUGAGAUGCUCGUCACGGACAGAGGCAACAACAAAAUUAUCUUCAUCAUCAUCAUCACUGUUCGCUGUCAGUACCAACCCAAAUAUAUGAAGUGAGGGACAUUCCCCUACCCGGCUGAAUCCCUUCACAACUGCAUCCAGGUGUUGGCGCUUACGCUUAUUAGACGCUAGGGGAGUGCCGAAAUCAUAACUUCAACAAUAAUUGAGGGGUACACCCGGUGCGUCAAGUUGAAACUGACGCAUCGCACAGGUUUACUUCUGCUCCGGUCCAUAUCAAGGAUUGCGUACGCUCAAAGAAGGAGCGUCAAGUGAGGAUCUCAGUGGGCAACGGUAUUGCGUCAACCCCCAUUGAAAACAAGAAAUGAAGCCGGGGAAAAAACGAACUUGUUGCUAUAACUCCGUUGUUGCGGGUGCUGCCGUGUCCUCCACCCAUCUGCCAUCGACCAUCGACCAUCAACCAUGAACCAUCUACCCUGGAGGGUUCGUUGCUGGUUGGUGGCUUGCUGGCUUCCAUGGGGAUGGUGGAGAAUCGGGCGAUGGUGAUAUCGGUUCUGGUGAUGAAGAAGUCGCUAACAAAUGUGGUCUAAAUUCAGUGUGAAGCAGCAAAACAUCGGAUAAACAUCAUCAUGAUCAGGCUCUCGACAUCGCUGGCUCUUUGCCUUUCCCUCAUUUCCGUGGCCUUGGCGGACAAUUCCUACGCUCAGCCCUCCUACGAUGAGCCGGCCAAUUAUCAGUUCAAAUACGAAGUCAAAGAUGAGUACACGGGUCAGGAUUUCGGGCAAGAGGAAGCUCGUUCCGGUUACAACACUGACGGAGAAUAUCAGGUCCUUCUGCCCGAUGGUCGCCGACAAAUUGUGACCUAUCGCAUCGAUGAUCCCGAAUCUGGUUUCGUGGCCGAUGUCCGGUAUGAGGGUGAGGCCAAGGAGUACCACUAUGAGCCCAAGCCCGUCUCCUAUCAACCCAAACCAGCUUAUCGGGCUGUUGAGCCAGUGUACAAACCUAAGCCCGUCUAUGAGCCUAAGCCAGUGUACAAGCCCCGCCCCACUUACAAGCCCACCCCAGCUCCUUAUAAGCCCAAGCCUGUGUAUACCCCUGCCCCUUAUAAGCCCACCCCCGCCCCUUACAAGGCUCCUGAGUACCUGCCAACUGCUGCCCCAUACAAGGCCCCGCAAUACUCUACCGAGUCUUACGUCAGAUCUCCCAAGGCCAGACAAUAUGGCACCACCCCAGCCCCGGUCUAUGAACCCGUGACCACCACUUACAAACCGGUAUAUAAUCCCAGACCCACUUACAAACCCGAGCCCACUUAUGUGAGCACCACCCACAAGCCCACUGAGCCCAAGCCAUACCGACCCACCUCGCCCAAGGCUAGACAAAACAUUCCUUCGUACGAGACGUCUGAGGCCCCCAAGGACACCACAACCACUACAGAGGCGCCCGUUUACGAUCCUAGCAACACUCAAAAGCGACGCAUGAGAUACCCCAAGAAGUUGAAGGUCUCGUCGGACCGCAAGUUGCACGAUAGUUUAUUCUACGGUAAUGUGAAAGGCCGCGUCCGGGCCCCAGUCCGCAGGCGAGUCGAGAAAAGCGAAUCGGAGAACUGAACUCUCAAAUCAUGAUCUUAUAUUGUGAUAUCGACCUUCACAUCUCAUUUCUUCAUCCACUGAAACUCUCUUUACCCCUUUUCUCCUCUCUGCAAGAAUUGUGCCUCUUUGAGGGCUUACUUCAAAGCGAUCAGAUUCUUGACCACAUCAAAAUUGCUCAUUGCGGAUCUUCGAUCAGCCAAGAAUUUGGCAAGCUAUUAUCCGCCAUUGUGUAACACCAACACCCACAAACUGUUUUUGAUGACCAGCUAUUAUUUAUUGAUUAUUAUUUAUUAUUACCUAUUUAUUGCCGCCUUCCUCUCUUGAUACUUUGUGCCAUCUCAAUUACAAUAAGGUAUUAAAUGUCGAAGAAACAAUUGUGAACAGAAUAAAAACAAUUACGAAAAAG